AUGCACUAUUCUAUUUGGAUAUGGUCGUUGCUGAUCAUAACAGCUGUUGUGGGAAAAACUGUGGAUGUUAAUAUUUAUGGUACAACCGCCGAUGGAUGGGAAUAUAUUCGAGAUUUUCUCAGGCAAAAUCUUGUAGAACAAAGAGAUUUAGGUACAUCCGUAGCGAUUUAUCAUGAAGGAAAAUUAGUUGUUGAUCUAUGGGGUGGAUGGUUCGAUCAAACUCAAGUGAAACCAUAUGAUAAUGAUACAUUACAAUUGGUCGGGUCAUGUUGUUGUGGGUUAGGAUUUUCAGAGGGUCUUGAGGGGUUUUCGGCAGGAUCCUUUGGGUUUUUGGGCACUCAGAUAGCGUCAUCGUGA